CCCGGGUGCUGCGAGGUCCGACCCGCAGGGGAAGUGAGCUCCGGGAGCCUUCACAAAUCGUCGUCUCUGAGGAUGGCUCCCGGUGACGGGAGAGUGAGGCAGGCGAUAGGGUCGUCCUGACCCUGUACCUCACACCUGCGGUUUUCUGAUUACCCGGCUCUGAGGACGUGAAACACGUGGGGGCUGUCUUCACGCCUCACCCGACGAUGGUGGAGCCAGGGCAAGAUUUAUUGCUGGCUGCUUUGAGUGAGAGUGGAAUUAGUCCAAAUGACCUCUUUGAUAUUGAUGGUGGAGAUGCAGGGCUUGCAACUCCAACGCCUACCCCUCCAGUUCAUCAGUCAGUGCCACUUGGUGCGUUAGAACUCGGUUUGGAGACUGAAGCCGCACUUCCUGUUAAACAAGAGCCAGAAACGGUACCUACGCCAGCACUAUUAAACGUUAGGCAGCAGCCUCCGUCUACUACAACAUUUGUGCUGAAUCAGAUAAAUCAACUUCCAACCUUGGGGUCUACAAUUGUAAUGACUAAAACACCACCUGUAACAACUAAUAGGCAAACCAUCACGUUGACAAAGUUUAUCCAGACAACUGCAAACACACGCCCUUCAGUCUCUGCACCAGCAGUUCGAAAUGCCAUGACCUCUGCACCUUCAAAAGACCAGGUUCAGCUGAAAGAUCUGCUAAAAAAUAAUAGUCUGAAUGAACUCAUGAAACUAAAGCCACCUGCUAAUAUUGCUCAACCAGUUGCAACAGCAGCUACUGAUGUAAGCAAUGGUACAGUAAAGAAAGAUUCUGCUAAUAAAGAAGUAGCAAGAAUAUGGAUAAACGAUAUGAAAAUGAAUUUUUCCUCAACUGUGAAGGUCCCUGUUGGGAAAGAGGAAGAUGAACCAGAGGAAGAAGACGAAGAAGAAAUGGGUCAUGCAGAAACCUAUGCAGAGUAUAUGCCAAUAAAAUUAAAAAUUGGCCUACGUCACCCAGAUGCUGUAGUGGAAACUAGCUCUUUAUCCAGUGUUACUCCUCCUGAUGUAUGGUACAAAACAUCCAUUUCUGAAGAAACCAUUGAUAAUGGCUGGUUAUCAGCAUUACAACUUGAAGCAAUUACUUAUGCAGCCCAGCAACAUGAAACAUUCCUACCUAAUGGAGAUCGUGCUGGCUUCUUAAUAGGUGAUGGUGCUGGUGUAGGAAAAGGGAGGACGAUUGCAGGAAUCAUUUAUGAGAAUUACUUGUUGAGUAGAAAAAGAGCGCUGUGGUUCAGUGUUUCAAAUGAUUUGAAGUAUGAUGCUGAAAGAGAUUUGAGGGAUAUUGGAGCAAAAAACAUUUUGGUCCAUUCGUUAAAUAAGUUUAAAUACGGAAAAAUUUCCUCCAAACAUAAUGGAAGUGUGAAAAAAGGUGUUAUUUUUGCUACCUAUUCUUCCCUUAUUGGAGAAAGUCAGUCUGGCGGUAAAUACAAAACUAGAUUAAAACAACUUCUACAUUGGUGUGGUGAUGACUUUGAUGGAGUGAUAGUGUUUGAUGAAUGUCAUAAAGCAAAAAACUUAUGUCCUGUUGGUUCUUCAAAGCCAACUAAGACAGGCUUAGCAGUUCUAGAGCUUCAGAACAAGUUGCCAAAAGCCAGAGUUGUUUACGCUAGUGCCACCGGUGCUUCUGAGCCACGCAACAUGGCCUAUAUGAACCGUCUUGGAAUAUGGGGUGAGGGAACUCCGUUUAGAGAGUUCAGUGAUUUUAUCCAAGCGGUCGAGCGGAGAGGUGUUGGUGCCAUGGAGAUAGUUGCUAUGGAUAUGAAGCUUAGAGGGAUGUACAUUGCUCGACAGCUGAGCUUUACUGGAGUGACCUUCAAAAUUGAGGAAGUUCUUCUUUCUCAGAGCUAUGUAAAAAUGUAUAACAAAGCAGUCAAGCUGUGGGUGAUUGCCAGAGAGCGAUUUCAGCAAGCCGCAGAACUGAUUGACGCCGAACAGCGAAUGAAGAAAUCCAUGUGGGGCCAGUUCUGGUCUGCGCACCAGAGAUUUUUCAAAUACUUGUGCAUAGCAUCCAAAGUUAAAAGGGUUGUGCAACUAGCUCGAGAGGAGAUCAAGAAUGGAAAAUGUGUGGUAAUUGGCCUGCAGUCUACAGGAGAAGCUAGGACUUUAGAAGCCUUGGAAGAGGGCGGGGGAGAGCUGAAUGAUUUUGUUUCAACUGCCAAAGGAGUGUUACAGUCACUCAUUGAGAAGCACUUCCCUGCUCCAGACAGGAAAAAACUUUAUAGUUUGCUAGGAAUAGAUUUGACAGCUCCAAGUAACAACAGUUCACCAAGAGACAGUCCUUGUAAAGAAAAUAAAAUAAAGAAGCGGAAAGGUGAAGAAAUAACUCGAGAAGCCAAGAAAGCACGAAAAGUAGGUGGCCUUACUGGCAGCAGUUCUGAUGAUAGUGGCAGUGACUCUGAUGCCUCUGAUAAUGAAGAGAGUGACUAUGAGAGCUCUAAGAACAUGAGUUCUGGAGAUGACGACGAUUUCAACCCCUUUAGGGAUGAGUCUAGUGAGGAUGACGAGGAUGAUCCCUGGUUAAUCAGAAAAGACCACAAGAAAAACAAAGACAAAAAAAAGAAGAAAAGCAUAGAUCCAGAUUCUAUUCAAAGUGCCUUAUUAGCAUCAGGUCUUGGAUCAAAACGACCUAGUUUUUCCUCCGCACCAGUUAUUUCACCUGCUCCUAACAGCGCAUCAGCUAACAGCAACACCAACAGUAACAGCCUUAUAACAAGUCAGGAUGCUGUGGAAAGGGCCCAGCAGAUGAAGAAAGACCUACUCGAUAAACUGGAAAAAUUAGCAGAAGACCUCCCUCCUAACACCCUGGAUGAACUUAUCGAUGAACUUGGUGGCCCUGAGAAUGUUGCUGAGAUGACUGGCCGAAAGGGGCGGGUUGUAAGUAACGAUGAUGGAAGUAUAUCUUACGAGUCAAGAUCUGAACUUGAUGUGCCUGUAGAAAUACUAAAUAUCACAGAAAAACAAAGGUUUAUGGAUGGAGAUAAGAAUAUUGCUAUCAUCUCAGAAGCUGCCAGCUCAGGUAUUUCAUUACAAGCAGAUCGGAGAGCUAAAAAUCAAAGACGAAGAGUUCAUAUGACCUUGGAAUUACCCUGGAGUGCUGAUAGAGCAAUUCAGCAAUUUGGGCGAACUCAUAGAUCAAACCAAGUUACUGCUCCGGAAUAUGUCUUCCUGAUUUCUGAAUUGGCAGGAGAACAAAGAUUUGCAUCUAUUGUUGCUAAAAGACUUGAGAGUUUGGGGGCACUUACGCAUGGUGACAGAAGAGCAACAGAAUCUAGAGAUUUGAGCAGGUUCAACUUCGACAAUAAGUAUGGAAGAAAUGCUUUAGAAAUUGUCAUGAAAUCCAUUGUAAACCUAGAUUCUCCUAUGGUAUCACCACCUCCAGACUACCCUGGAGAAUUCUUUAAAGAUGUUCGACAGGGACUGAUCGGUGUUGGCCUGAUCAAUGUAGAAGAUCGCUCAGGAAUUCUUACUCUUGAUAAAGAUUAUAACAACAUAGGAAAAUUCUUGAAUAGAAUUUUGGGCAUGGAGGUACAUCAGCAGAAUGCCUUGUUUCAGUAUUUUGCGGAUACACUUACUGCAGUUGUUCAGAAUGCCAAAAAAAAUGGAAGAUACGAUAUGGGAAUCUUAGAUCUUGGUUCUGGAGAUGAGAAAGUGAGGAAAAGUGAUGUUAAGAAGUUUCUGACUCCAGGGUAUUCAACAUCUGGCCACGUAGAGUUAUACACGAUUAGUGUAGAGAGGGGGAUGUCCUGGGAGGAAGCUACCAAGAUUUGGGCUGAGCUGACAGGACCGGAUGAUGGCUUUUACUUGUCAUUGCAAAUAAGGAACAACAAGAAAACUGCCAUCUUAGUUAAAGAAGUGAAUCCUAAAAAGAAGCUUUUCUUAGUUUAUAGACCAAAUACUGGGAAACAGCUCAAAUUAGAAAUUUACUCUGAUCUAAAAAAGAAAUAUAAGAAGGUAGCCUCUGAUGAUGCCCUGAUGCACUGGUUAGACCAGUACAAUUCAUCUGCAGAUACUUGUACCCAUGCUUAUUGGCGUGGCAAUUGCAAAAAAGCAAGCUUGGGAUUAGUUUGUGAAAUAGGCCUUCGCUGCCGCACAUACUAUGUCUUAUGUGGUUCCGUCCUGAGCGUCUGGACAAAAGUCGAAGGUGUUCUAGCAUCUGUCAGUGGCACAAACGUGAAAAUGCAGAUAGUUCGGCUAAGAACAGAGGACGGACAGCGGAUUGUAGGUUUGAUCAUUCCAGCCAAUUGCGUGUCUCCUCUCGUAAACCUCUUGUCCACUUCAGACCAGUCUCAGCAGCUUGCUGUCCAGCGGAAACAGCUAUGGCAGCAGCAUCACCCACAGAGCAUCACCAACUUGAGCAACGCAUAAAGGGCAGACAGGUUUCAACAUGGAUGUGUCUGGAAUGCUGUUGAAGCAUAUCAUUUGCAUAAAAAUCAGGGACAGUUUCCAAAGAAUUAUAUAUUUUUUUUCAGUUGUGCUCUCUCUCUCUCUAGUUAAAUUUUUUUGGGAAUAAGGACAAGCCUGGAAUAGAUAGCAGAGCUGAAAAUCAGCGGUGCCUAUGGUGGUACAUCUGUCUUUCCUUUUGCUUUUCCUGUGGUACUUCCCGUUUGCUUUUCCUUUGGGUCAGCAGAGGGGUGUGUGCGUGCGUGCGUGUUAGUCCAUUUGUUUGUGAGUUUGUCUAAGGCUACAAGCCACAAUUGGUUUAAGAUGCUUGGAACUUCCCAAACUGGCUUUACUUUUAUGUUCCUCAGUGCUCAGGGUUAACACCGUACAUCCAUGCCAUUGCUGGGGCUUCUCCCAGAUGCAUGUAUUUUGAGUCUAUAAAUAUAGAGAAUAUAUAUGGUUUCUUUCCCCAACUUCUUAGACAGUAGGCUUAUUAUAGCAUGAAAUGAAAGGUUGCAUAUCAUGCGUUCAGGUUCUUUUCUAGUUUUUGUUCUGACACUGCAUGUCUUUGAAAGCAUGCGUAAACAACAUUAACCAGAAGUCACGUAACAGAGAGAAACACAUUUGUAGAUGUACAGCAUUGGUUAUUGCAUUUUUAUAGUGUUUAUACCUGGGUAUUGCUUCUGACCUGCGAGCUCCUCCCGCUUCCCUUCUUCCCCUGGUUUUCUCAAGAUGUUGAGUACAUACCUUUUUGUGUGUGCGUGCGUGUAUGAUAGAACUCUGAACAGUUCUUUUAAUGUAUUUGAUAGUAUUUCUAAAGUGUGCUGCAGAAAUGGCUACAAGCCUGUUUUUUUUGUCCCUUAAAAUUACAUUUUCCUUAACUUAAAGAUAGUUUUAGAAAGAAGUACAAAUUGGCUUCCAUCUUGCAAACAGUCUUUUUUUCCUUCAUUCUCUCAAUUUGCUCUGUCACUCAUGAAAGGAAACCUUACUUGAGCUGUAAACUAGACAACGAGGAAACACUUGAGGCUUCUGCUGUACGUCUUUCUUUGUGUUGGUAUUGUCGUUACUCAGUAACUCGAACGUUGUUUGUUGUGUUGUAAGACAUUGUAGAGUUUAUCUCAAGCUGUUCAAAAUGGUAAUGUACAAAUGUGAAUAGACACUUAUCUAUAAUAUGGGUAAGUUUGGUUUCGCCUAUAAUAGAUGUUUAUAAACAAGUUGAGGGGACAGUUGAUCUUUUUGUUUCUUUUUAUUAUUAUUAUUAUUUUUUUGCUUGCACAGGUUGCACUAUUGAAAAAUUGAGAUUGUAUAAUAAACCUGGUCAAAAGCUGCAAGAUACCAAAAUCUUGUAGAUGUCAAAUAAAAAGUUAUUAUGCUAACAAGAAGUGGACUCUUGCUUAGGCCCUCACCACCCUCAGCAGCAGUCAGUGGGGAUCUGCAGGGCUUGCGUGUUGCCUCAGCAGUCCAGGUAGCCUUAAAUUGUGGCUUCGCACCUACCCCUAAAAGUUGAGAUGGUGUUGAGGAAGGGGUGAAGUGAUAGACUUUUGAAUGUUUUUCCGGUUGAGUUGUUCUCGUGUGUUGCUUUUUAAAUGCCCCAGAACCGGACGAGUGUUGUAGGCUCCAUGGCAGGAACCUGGUGGAAUGCUCGGGCUGUCGUUCUCUUCCUCUGAGCCUGAGUUUGCUUACGUCAAGCUUACCAUAAGUUUUCUUCUGGAUUUAUUUAUUUUUGGUGCCUAAAAGAUAAUUGAGAAACAGUUUCUGUUCUUUGGCACAUUUUGCCCAGUGGAUGCAACUCCCACCUCAGUCCAGUCCAUGUGUCUCAGGCAGUGAUCCGUAUGAAUAUCAGGCAGUGAUCCGUAUGAAUAUCAGCCAGCGGCCAAGAGCAGAAAUGCCCCUUUCAGCUCAGCAGGACCUCCCAGUUAGUGCUCCUGUUGUUAACUGUUAGCCCAGCUGGCUUCCAUCAGCGUACUAAGGUGAAAGGGACCUGGGGAAGGGAAACGUAAGGGACCUGCCCCGUCCAGUGGGAAGAAUGGCAGGGCUGGGCAAUGCACUCUCCUAGGCUGUUGGCCCACCUUCCCCGUCGUGGGGGCAGGAUCUUCUUAGCAGAUUAUGGGGGGUUUUGGUAGUGGAUUUGUUUGUUAAUGUUUUUUUUUUUUUUAAGCUAAGCAGCAUCAGUAAGAGGGAUCUUUAGCCUGCGGUUAAUUAGCUUUCACAGCUGAUGGAAUAUUUACUCUUAGAAUAGCCAUCUUGAUGCAGAGGGGCAUGUGGGUGUUCUGUUCUUUCUAAAACAGAUUGAAAUAAUAAGGUCCAGAAUGGCCUCAGAAACUCCCUCAACGUAGGCCUCAAAAACGCAGCCAGUAUAAACGGGUGGGCAGCGGAGGUGCGGCAGGUCCAGGCCCUGGUGGCGUGUGGCACCUACCUGAGCACCAGACCCUAGUGCCCGCCGUCCCCCUUCUGAGGCGCACGUGACCGUCACACUGUGCCCGUCGUAUAAGUCACAAGUUCAGGUUGGCCAACGUGGGAGAAAGCCGCAGCAUCCGAGGUCUUCCUUGUUCAGAGACUCCGGUCUUAACAACAGCUCACUUGUAUAAAGUCAGUCCAUUUACGUCAGGACGUAAAUGCCAUGACUGAACCCAGGGGCCUUGUUUAACCUGUUGAGAGUCCAGUUGGCCUCUGCAAUGCCUUUUUUCCCAUUUUAGCAAUACAGCUCUGAGCACGAAGAUGUGAUUAUAAAUCAUGUUGGUGUUUUCAGAGUUCACAGUGUCGAUUGUACUGAGAACCACUUCCAGAGUCCAGAGCUGCUCAGAUGUUCUCUCUUGGGGAGUUUGCCUUCCCCUCAUCUAGCCACCUCCAUACCGCAGGGUCUCUGUAUUUGCAGUUCAGUAGAUAAUCCAGAUGUGCUGUCAACAGUAAGUAUUCAUAGAAGUAUUAAAGUCUUUCUUAAACUCAGCUUCAUCAAAAGGUAGAAAAGUUAACAGUUUUCCAUUUUUGCUGCUAAAUUGCAGAUACACUUUUCAGUAUCUUUCUUUACAUGUAUAUAUAAAUUAGUAAGACCUGCAGCCAAAGCAAUGUAGUAGUGCGUGAUGUACAUAUAUGUUUGUUCUAACGCAGCUGAUUUAGCACUUCAGAACCCUUUUUGAGUUGCAGCAAUAACCCUUUUCAUUUUACUUGGCUUCAUCUUAGAGGUUAAAUGUUCUAGAUUGCCCAGCUCCAGGGGAAUUGUAGACAUUUUAGAGGGACAGUUUUCUGGCUGUAGUUAAACGCCCGCUUGGGCACUCAUUUGCCAGUCUCGGUGUGAUGUUGUUAGAACAACUUCUGACAGGCAGGAGCGGAAAGGGCACCAUGUACGGUUGUGUAAUAUGAAGGACCCUGUCCCUUAUCCUGCUACUUUCCAGUUUAGCACGAGGGGGCAAACCAGUAGAUGAGAACUGAUGGCUGCUUCUGGAUUUAGGAAGGUAAGGGCAGAGAGAGGAAGAGCUUUCCCCCUUGGGUCCUUUUCUUGAUAAGAGAUGCAGAGGAGGGCCCCUACCCCAGUACUCUCAUUUAAAAAAUGUCCCUGAGCACUACGUGGUAAUGUCUGAGAAUGGUGCUGCAUGAGUCUUCACUAAGCUGGGACCCGGCCAGGGGCUGCUUGGGUAGUGCAGGCUCCCCAGUGGCAGAGGUCCCGCUCUGCUGAGGAUCAUUUGUCGGCUACCCUUCCUUGUCUCUGCUCUCCCCAGCUAACCCCGCACCUGUGCACACGCACGUACGCAUGUUUUGCUGCUGAAAUACCGCGAGCAUUCCGUGUGGUGGCCACAGCCGAGAGCAAAAGGUUCUCACUGGAUGCCAGUUGUCUCAUAAAUGUAGCAUCGUGUUAAGGGCCCGUAAGUGAAGGAAACUCACCUACAUACCUGCAACUCAAGCCAGCUAGCAAUUUUUUUUUCUGAGUACUUGAGGGGAAAUCCCAAACCCUCCCUCUAAUGUUAUGCUGUACUUAUAUAUAUGUACAUAGGUGUGUAUAGAGAGAAACGGUGAGUUCUUUUGAAUUCUGAAUGUAAAUACUUCUUGUACAUUGAGACCCUACCUGCUUGUUCUUCCCAUCUGGCCUCCUUCCCUCAACCCUAUUUAUGCUGUUCUCGACUUACUGUACACAGCAUCCCUUUAAUGUAGAAAAGGUCUGCGAACCUCCUUAGUUGAAUGUGUUCAUCUGUUUUAGAGUUGAGUUUUGCAUCUUUACUAUGGAACUUGUAUGUUUUGUGUUAAUACUUUUCAGCAUGCCUGAUUUGUGUUCUGCAUUUUUAUUACAGAUUUUUACUGUGUGCAAUGCAUUGUAUUGGGGGGAAAUGUACUUGAGUGCAAUUCUGUUACUGUCAUUCUAUGACUAGUUAUGCUCAUUUAUGUUGCUCCUUAGAAGCUAUGAGCCUGAUGUUUUCAGAUUUUCUAAAAAAAUUCUUCCCUAGAUUUCCUUUAAGCUCCUCUAACUUCUUCAGUGCAUUUGGGAUCAAACUUUAGCUCUUCAGUAAACCCGACUUGCUCCUACAUUUGGAGUUUGUAAGGCCUGUCCCAGACCCCUCCUGCGUGGCUCGCCACCCAGUAGGAGCAUCUCUCAGACUUGAAGCAGUGAUGGAUGGCCUGCUGCCACCUCAAGCCCCGAUGUUCCUUUAAAGAGCUGGCCCUGUGCUGUUAACCUACAAAUAACCAGAAAUUAACUCUGCAGUGAGUGCAAGUAAUUGUUUCUGCUGUAACCUGUUGGAAGGGUAUUAAUAGCAGGGCGGAGAGACAGGCCUGGUGCAGGCUGGUGUCCUCACUGACAGUGAGGGGAGAGAAUGUACAUUAAGGAGCAGUCUUACUCCCAACACAGCUGCAGCGGAGGCUCGAUUCUGCUCUGGAGGGCGAGAUCGUGAACCCAGCGAGGCCUGUCCAGGAGGCUUCCCUGAGCUAUUUGCCCACCAGUGUGUCAAUGGGUUGGUCUUGGCUUGGUCAGCCCUAAACCCACAAGCUGAGCUGAUUGAGGCACACUGCCCCCUCCCCGCCUCUCAGUUGUAAGGUUUGUAUUGGCAGCAGGGAAGACCCAGCAGUGGCUCAUGAAAAUGGUAGUAGUGCUCACCCCAGAGGCAACGCUUGGUUUUUAUUUCCAGAUUUUUGCACUUUUAAGAAAAUAAUCCAUCUGUAACUCCAAGGAAAGAUUGUGGUGAGCAUUUCUUGGCCCUUUUAUUCAUGUGCACGUUUCAUUCAUUACUGUUCAGCGGGGUAGGCUUGUUAGUUGAAAUUUAAACAUUAUCUGUAUUCAGAUAAAUCUUGAGAACUUAAUUUGUCAUAAAUUGGGACUGGUCACAGAGUGCCUCCCGUGUGAAGCCCCUUUCCAACAUGCCUUGUCUUGCUCUCUGGUGCUUUUGGUGCCUGUGGGGUGGUUGGCCUGCGUGGCUGUCGAUAGGGCACUCGGCUGCAGCAGUGUGGCAAGGCAAGGCUAACCUAAGACACCCUGCUGGUGCAGAGUCGGCAGGGGAGGCAGCAGCCGGGGGCAGAGGACCAGCCCGGGCCCUUCGGGAGACUGCCCAGGCCUUUUUUCUUGCUGGUGCUGUGACCCAGCUCCCUUCCUGGAGGCCCACUCCUGUCUGGAGCAAACAUUUCUGGCCAGUGUACCUAAGGGACUUUCUUGCUAUGACAGUAUUUGUGGCACUGAAGAGGAUAAAGAAGCUUGAGCCUUCUUUCUGACUCCCACUUCACGGGGCGGAGAGAGCUUUUUUUUCUGCAUAGCACGUGGCAGUCUCGCCGCUACCAGAAAACAUCGUCCUGUUCAUGGUUUAUACUGAAUUUGCAAACUACUGAUAUUAUUUUUCAAUAACCACUUGUAUCUACCAUCAGCCAUGAGAAGCAGGAGAGGUGCGCUGUGUCUCUGCAAUAAAACUUUUGCCAGGUUCUACCUCCGCUGAGCAAAGAAUACUUUCUUACCUAGGCUUCCAUCUCCCCCGUCCCAGUCCAACAUGGUGCAUCUUGCAACACACGUGAUGGACUCCAAAGACAAUUUGAAACAAAGGUGGAUGUAAACUCUUUGAGUUUGUCUUUUCGUUGUUGUUUUGUUGUUUAAGCCUCCCCCUUUCUGCGGCUUCUCUGUUUGGAGUCCGCCAGCCGUAGGAAGGGCACGCACUGUUCUGAAGAUGCUGCACUGCUUCCUCCAGCCUCUCCGUGGCGGUCCAGCGCCACGUGUCCAGAGUGACCAUCCCCACCAUUUUGAUGUCUAACUUGAAAAACGGGGUGUCCUGCAGUAGACACGUAUUGGCUGUAUUCAGCAGGGUUUAUCCUUGCUUGUCAAAGCGAUCAACCACGAGGCGUAACAGAUCCUGUAUUUAGUUUUUUUGUUGUUGUGUUUUGUUUUUUCUUUUGUAAGAUUCUUAAAUAAAUUAAACCUGCUAACAUGCGUAUCUUGUGGUGAUUUCUUUGUCCGAGUCGGAGCAUCCGUUUGAGCGGGGUCAGGGCCGCCUCGCC